CAAGACCAGUGCGCAGGCGGUGGUUCUGGGUCGAGCUGUUUGGUGGGGGACGGAUCUACCCAGGAUGUGCGUCGAGUCGGUCCGCGCGUGCGCGUGCAGGGUACGCGCGUGCUCUACCCGUGUGCGCGCAGGGCUGCUGGCAUCUCGGUGACGCUGAGCUUGGUGCACGCAGAGCAGAGCAGGCGGAGCGGGCCGGCCGGGGCGGAGCGGAGCGGUCCGCAGAGCAGCCCCUCCCGGCCUCGGCCGACCCCAGCCCUCGGCCCGGCUCUAUGGACAGGAGCUCGCUGCUGCAGCUCAUCCAGGAGCAGCAGCUGGAUCCUGAGAAUACGGGCUUCAUCGGUGCGGAAACCUUCGCUGGUCUGGUACACAGCCAUGAGCUGCCCCUGGACCCCACCAAGUUGGACAUGUUGGUGGCUCUGGCUCAGAGCAACGAACGGGGCCAGGUCUGCUACCAGGAGCUGGUGGACCUGAUCAGCAGCAAGCGUUCCAGCAGCUUCAAGAGGGCCAUUGCUAAUGGACAACGGGCGCUGCCUCGGGACGGACUGCUAGAUGAGCCAGGCCUGGGUGUCUACAAGCGGUUUGUGCGAUAUGUGGCCUACGAGAUCCUGCCCUGUGAGGUGGAUCGCCGCUGGUACUUCUACCGGCACCGCAGCUGCCCACCCCCUGUGUUCAUGGCCUCUGUCACCCUUGCCCAGAUCAUCGUGUUCCUGUGCUACGGGGCACGUCUCAACAAGUGGGUGCUUCAGACCUACCACCCUGAAUACAUGAAGAGCCCUCUCGUGUAUCACCCGGGACACCGCGCUCGCGCCUGGCGCUUCCUCACCUACAUGUUCAUGCAUGUUGGGCUGGAGCAGCUAGGCUUCAAUGCCCUUCUGCAGCUGAUGAUCGGGGUGCCCCUGGAGAUGGUACACGGUGUACUUCGCAUCAGCCUGCUCUACCUGGCAGGUGUGCUGGCAGGCUCCCUGACUGUCUCUAUCACAGACAUGCGUGCCCCUGUGGUAGGGGGCUCUGGAGGGGUCUAUGCGCUGUGCUCAGCACACCUGGCCAAUGUUGUCAUGAACUGGGCUGGGAUGAGGUGUCCAUACAAGCUGCUGAGGAUGGUGCUGGCUCUGGUGUGCAUGAGUUCCGAAGUGGGCCGGGCUGUGUGGCUGCGCUUCUCCCCACCACUGCCUGCCUCAGGCCCACAGCCCAGCUUUAUGGCACACCUGGCUGGUGCAGUGGUAGGUGUAAGCAUGGGCCUUACCAUCCUUCGGAGCUAUGAGGAGCGCCUGAGGGACCAGUGCGGCUGGUGGGUGGUGCUACUUGCCUAUGGCACCUUCCUGCUUUUCGCCAUCUUCUGGAACGUCUUUGCCUAUGACCUGCUGGGUGCCGAUAUCCCCCCUCCACCUUGACCUGCUCCUUAAGGCCACAUGGCUAGAGCUGGGCCUGCCGUGGGUCCGCCACCAGGUGGGCCUGCAUGUCUGCCCUCUAUGAACGGACCUCUCGGGGCUGCUUUUCCCUACGGGGCAGGCGGGCCCUGUGGUCCACCAGGUUGAGGCCGAGUCUUACUGCAGCCCUUGCUGCCCCUCCCCGGCCUUUCUGGGGGAGGGUGCCACUAGGCCAAGGCUGGGUGGAGGUCCUUGGAUGUGGCCCCAGAGGAGAUUCCCUCCCUCCCCACCGAUCCCCAGGACUUGCAGUCUGAGCCUUUUUGGAGAGUGAAUAAAUAUUUUACACAUCACUAGGCAGCUGUUCUGGGGCUCUGCAGGCUUGUUUGCCCCUCACCCAGACCACAUGGGACACCUCCCCUCCAGGAUGGUCUG